GGUGACAUAGGAAGAGGAUUUAGCAUCAAAAUUGUUUGGGUGUUUGGGGAACUCCAGAUUUAUGGUGACUUAGGUUUGUCAAUCCCUAAUAGGCACAAAAGGAAGAGUCAAUCCACAAAGGGAUGAAUGAUUGUUUCAAUCUUUUUUUCCCCAUCACAUACGUACAGCAGAUGAUUCUUAGUUGGAUAUAUAUAAAUAUUUUUCAAAACCUGACAUAUUACACAACAAGUGACCACAUCACCUCCACAUUGAGAAUGUGGAUACUUUGGCCCUUGAGAACAACCCCCACCCAUUCUUCACUGUGUGAUACCAUCAGAGCCCGAUAGCACUUAUCAGGUAUCUGGUAUUUUAAGAUGAUCAUUAUGUCUCACCUGAUAAACAAACAAGCAUUACAAUGCUUGCUCUUCCGGCUCUACCGAUCAGUUUGUACACAUGCCCUGCAUAAAAGGCAGUGUUGCCUUAAUGCUGCUUUGUCUUUUUUGAGUGGUAAAUGAAGAGGAUAACCUUCAACCCAUCCCCCCCUCUGGUGGAACAGCAUUCCACACUGCUGCCCCCACCCCAUCCCUCUUCCAAAAUACAUCACAAAGCUCUACUAACACACUAACCACCACCACUAACCCUAAACUGCAGGAUGCAGGGGUUAGUACUAUGGUUGGGGGUGGGGUGAGAAGGCAGCAUGGCUUCUCUGGGAGGUUGGGGGUCAGGGUGACAUUCCUUGGAUAGUUGUUUGGCAGAAAGACAUGGAAGAUAAAAGCAGAGGGAAAGCACAAAUCAUUGAUACCUCCCUUUGAUAUCAGUGCUUGAAUAUGUGACAUCUUGUUUUGUGAAAGAAACAUGAUGAUUUAAUUUUGUAGCAUGUUUGAUGAACAGCAACAUUGGAGAGGCGUGUUAGCAGUAAACAAUCAACAAUGAAGUAACAGUGGAACUGGAGAUUCGAAGAAGAGUAAACACUAAAUUAGCUUAGCUACAUGGUCACUGAAUCUAUAUUCACCUAACGUGACCUUUGAGGAGGUUCUUCUUGAUACCAGUGUCUUGCCAGAAUAAUUUCCGAUUCCAGAGAAAAGAAAAGAGAGAUGAAGGAAGGAAGGGAAGGUGUGGUGCGGUUUUGAGGAUAAAACCCAGAGAUUGGCUAACACAACAUGGGAAACCCCUCUCUAAAAUUCCCUUGGUGGGACUGUGAGAUUAACUUGUCACAACUGUAGCCGACUGUUGACAUAAGAAGAAAGAUCUAUGAUGUAGCGGGUUUGUUUUGACAAACAUUAAUCUAGUUUUCUUUCUUUCAUUUUUGAGUAAAGUCACAUCCAUCUGUUCGUUAUGAAUAAUGAUCUGCACUCUGCGUUUGCCAAAACCACCAGGAAUCAAACUGAGCUUCUCAAGCACACGGUUUAUUAUGAGGAAAGUCUGGGGUCUGCUUUAAACCAAAUCCAACAGGAGAAUCAUUUUAGACAGUUUCAUUUAAAAGAUACAAUUUGUAAAUCUCCAAGAGGCAGCUUCUAAUUAAUCAAUCAAUAAGGACACUUUAGUCCUCAAAAUGUAUGUUGGAAUCAUUACAAACACAGAGAGAUGCAAACUAGCAACGCCUUCUGCAGUGAAAAAAAAAAACACAAAACAAACAAAAGCACCAUCUUCUCUAAUCCUGUGACAUUCAGUCACAGUUAAGCAUCUGCUACAAAGUCUUGGUCAGCGAAAUAACACAAUUACUGAGCCAUCCAUGACAUUUGAGUGGCAACAUGGACGUCCACAGAGCCCCAAUCCCAUCAGGCCUCUCUGCCCUGGUGACCGUUAACCCACUUCCUCUCCCAUGUGUGACCUUCCCCAACCCCAUAACGGACCCUCAGCAGCCACAUGCUCACAUCAGGUUAUCCACACACACACACACACAGGUACAGAUCGGGAUGGGGUCUUUAACUUCAAGGACCUGAUGCUGAGGCAUUAUUAGUAGGGUCUACUGUAAACUCUAUCCAGAAUGUGUCUGGAAGCUAAGUGAGGCAGAGAAAGACAUCAGAGCAGCGAGGGACAAUAGCAGGACUGCUGCUGAGACAAAGAGGGUCUCGGUCACGGCCGAGGCGUGCUUCAUUCGGAUGCAUGGCUCUAUUGUCCACCUGCACAAAGGCCAGUGGACCCUGGGAGUUAAUUUUAUUUGACACAUGGCCACUAAUUUUAGGGCUGAGGCCCUUUACGUUGCCAUAACCCCUAUACAUCUAUCAUUGACACGUGUGUGUCUACCUUUUCUAGUGACAGAGAGGGAAGUAAGUCAUUGGUUACGCAUUUCUUGUGGAUCACGUGAGGGCACAGUGUGAGAUUAGUGCUUCAGUAAAGCAGUGAGCAUUACAAGUUUUUAUCUCAAUUUGAGCUCCCUUUAAAUACAGGACACUGGAUUGGAUUAUUUUAUAUUGCAUAUAAAUGGCAGUUGGGAUUAUACCUCUAGUAAGGCCACCCAUUCCUUUCCAUUUUCUUUUAAAUCUCAGUAACUACUGGAGCACAUAGCUGUAAGUUUCUAUCCCCAGUUGAAUUCAUGUUUUGGUUUGCAAAAUGAUUAAUCAGGUACCAGCUUCCUGUGUAUAGUCAAACAAUAUUUCAGUUACGUCUGCAUGGAACAAUGCAAUCUCUAUAUGCAUCAUCAUAAACAGAAGGCAGACAACGGAAAAACAGAAACGAGUAAGAGCUGCUUGAGUAAACUGGCUUCAAGUGUGGAACGUUCAAGCUUAUAAGAGUAAAAUUAUAUGGAUGUAUGUAUAGCAUAUAAUAAGUUAAUUCUUUAAAAAAGGAAUUUCACUUUUAAUAGACAAAUAUCAUCACAGCAUGAUGCCUUGCAGAGUGGUGGCAUGGUAUGGACAAGGAAAUUGACCUAAAAUAAACCCAGAAAGCUUCUUUAUUCUUUAAAGCUAGUAUAACAGUGCCACACACACACACACAGAGGGGGGGGAGCAGACAGCAAAGAGCCUUUAAUCACUUUAUGACAGGAACCUUGAGAUGAAUGAGCAGCUAGUGGGGACUCCUCUCAUUCACAUGCUAAGCCUUUAUCUUAUCAGAAAGCAGUGGAGGCGCUUACUCACAUGAGAAGUAGGAGGGAAAUGCACCCCCACCUCUCUACCUCCCACUUCACCAGUUGUAUAUGAAAAGGUGAAUGAAGGUUUUGGUUAAAAACCUGGAUGAACUGAGAAGUUUUCUUUUAUCUCUUCAGACUGUGAAAGAAACCAUAAAACCUCAAAUGAAGACUGAAAAAAGAGCAGAACAGCAACUGUAAAACUACAUCUAAAGUUCAUCCAACAAGUACUACUAGUAAUAUUCAACACAAUCUUGCAUAAAUAUAUAUCAAGUGAUUGUGUUAUAUUAAGCCAAAUGAGAAAAAAAAUACAACAAAGGGCAAAAUCAUGACUAUUGCCUGAAAUGUGUGUGUUAAGAGCAUAUUUUAACCUUAAAAAGAAGUGAUUGAUAACUUUGUUUAGAUGGUUUACCUAUUAGUUUUCAGUCUGGGACCCCAAACCAUUUAAGAAUAAUUUUAAAAGCUUCCCUUUUGUCAACAGAUGCGAUAAUAAAUAGCAAAAUCUGACGUCCACUCAUCAUAUCCCAAACAAAACGUAAAGUGAACAAAUAUCGACAGUUCAAAUAGUUUUAGAGGAGGAUCAAUUACAUUUCCCCUCAUCCUUAAAGGACUAGUUUUCAUGCAGCUCACACAGCACUCAUUAGCUCUAUAUUUAUCUUUAAGCAUUAAUGUCAAGCUAUUAAAGAGUGUUAGCUCUAACCACACUUUUAUUUCUCCGUCAUAUUACAUCAGUGUCCCUCCAAAAAAAAACAAAAAACACGAAGGAGGCCCGCUGCUCUCCUCUGGCUGCAACACGUGUUCCCUAGAGGGAGAAACACCCACUGCACUGCAAACAAAAAACAUCCAUCUAAACCAGUUAAACAUAUCACAUAUUAUUAACUUUAAUCAAACAUAUGAAAACGCAUGUUAAUUGAGUGUCACUUAUCUUGUUUCUUUCAAUGCACUUUAUAUUUUUAUUCGGUUAUCUUUUUUGCUGAGGCUAUGAGUCAUUGCUGCCUAAUUUCGAAGAUGCUGGGGGGAAAGAAAAUAAAUUAAUUACGCUGUAUUGGAAACAGGUGGGAUGAUCUCACUCCUGCUGUGACAGCAAGUCAGCUCAUUUCCAGUGGAGGGGUCAGCGCCUCACAAGUGCUGUCUCAGAUUAUCCUGGCCGGAAACCAAGGCGUCUGGAUCUCACAGCUGGAGUCAACCCGAGGUGCAACAAGCUAAUGGACUACAAAUAUGGCGAUCUACCGGGCACUCUAUAAGGCCUACAUCAAUUUGUCCGCCAUGCAUGCACACAUCGACAAAACAGAGAUCAGACGAGUCCUGCCUCUUUGAUAUCCAAAACGGACUGUGUGAAGGAGAAACCAACCAACCACGGAGGCUGGAAACCCCCUCCGGACACCAUCACCGGAGAGCAUCACUCUGCAUCCCGACGCCGAUCAUCUGUCCGGUGUCAGGUGGAAGGAUCAGCUUCUGGGCGGGACACGGCAGCCAGCUGGAGGAGUAAAGCAGCUCAGAGUGACAGUUUGGCGAUCAGUGAGUGAAACGUCUUGAUGGGAACAACGUUGAGGACAUUCGCCCUGUUACAGCAUUAAACACGAACUUUCCAGCUGUUCGUCCCUGGAGCUGAAGGGAGGAGAACACGUUAAUAGACUCGGUUAUUCCCAUUGUAUGGAGCAGAGGAAGCGCUUUGGGAAGUGAGUUUCUGUUGCUCACAGGCUACAAUACGAAGCUUGAAGCAUGAGGCUGCAGAAGAAAGUGACAUUUCUCACAGCCAACUGCUUCAGGUAGUCUGCUGCGACUGUACUGCAAUCAUGUAGCCACUUUUUAGUUAUGAAUUCACAAGGAUAUGCCAUUUGCAGAUGCCGUGCAGGACACUUUGAAGAGUAGCUCGUACGUUGUGAGGUGAACUCUCCGUGCUGGGAAAGCAGUGACAGGACAGAGAGAGGUUUGUUUGCGCUCCUGAUCCCGUCCACGCCGUUUGCAGCUCCUGCCACUCCAGCCAAACAUGGCAAGACUACGGAGGAACGCUUGCAUUGCUCUGUUUCUCUUCACGCUGUUCAUCUUUGGGACCAUGAUGGGACUGAGGACCCUGAAGCCCAGUGACGGCUUUUCUGAUCUGGCUCCGGGCUUGGAGAUCCUGCCGAUGAUAGAGGGGAAGAUAGACCGGCGCUCCGUGUCCCUUGACGCCACCGCGUCCCCGGGUCAAGCCCGCCCGGCUGGCAGCAACACCAAAGCAGUUUUAUCCAACUCCGGCCCCGAGGGGACCGUAUUUUAUGAUGUUCAUAUUUUUUACUACAUCUGGUACGGCAACCCACACAUGGACGGCAAAUACAUUCAUUGGGACCACAUCCUGGUUCCACACUGGGACCCCAAAAUCGCAUCGAGCUACCCGAGAGGGAGACACAUGCCGCCCGAGGACAUCGGCUCCAGUUUCUACCCCGAACUCAAUCCUUACAGCUCGAGGGAUCCGGACGUGUUGGAGUCCCACAUGGAGCAGAUCGGAGCAUCUGCAGCAGGGGUUUUGGUCCUGUCCUGGUAUCCUCCUGGCCUGGCUGACGACAAUGGGGAACCCGCUGAGGAUUUGGUACCAGCUGUAUUGGAUACUGCAUAUAGACAUAACCUCAAGGUCGCAUUUCACAUCCAACCAUACAGAGGACGAAACGACCAGAGUGUGCAUGAAAACAUCAAGUAUAUCAUUGACAGGUACGGUGACCAUGGAGCCUUCUACAAGUUUACUUCCAGCACUGGGAAGAGUCUUCCUCUAUUUUACAUCUACGACUCCUACCUAACUCCACCAGAGUCCUGGUCUGAAUUUUUGACUCCCACCGGCUCCCACAGCGUGCGUGGCUCAGCCUAUGACUCCAUCUUCAUUGCCCUGAUUGUGGAGGAGCGCCACAAGCACGACAUCCUGGCAGGUGGCUUUGAUGGCAUGUACACUUACUUUGCUUCCAACGGUUUCUCCUUCGGCUCUUCUCAUCAGAACUGGAAGGCCAUCAAAGCUUUUUGUGACGGCAACAAUCUCCUCUUCAUCCCCAGCGUUGGACCUGGUUAUAUCGACACCAGCAUCCGGCCAUGGAACAACCACAACAUGCGCAACAGGGUGAACGGUCGCUACUAUGAGACGGCCCUGCAGGCGGCGCUGAAUGUGAGGCCAGAGAUUGUCACCAUCACAUCUUUUAAUGAAUGGCACGAGGGGACGCAGAUAGAGAGGGCGGUGCCCAAAAAAACCGUGACCCGUGUGUACUUGGACUAUCAGCCACAUGGACCAGAUCACUACCUGGAGUUGACCCGUCGCUGGGCGGAGCAGUUCAACAAAGAGAAGGAGCAGUGGCUCAUGUGAGCUUUUAUUAAACUGACUUGAAACAGCAUGCUCUAGUGGAAGUGUGUACACAUCAAAGAGAACAAAAUCAUCCACAACAGGUUCUCUAACAGAAUGAGACACUAAUGUUGAUCUGCCCUGUACCCUGGUUCAGAGAGCUCGUUAAAAUGGUGAUGACAAUGGUGUUUUACACGCAGUAAGUAAGGGUUAAGCAUGCAAGUAAAGAGAGGUUUUAUUGCACCUGUCAUGCAAAAAUCCCAUAUCUUCAACGUGAUUUUUAAGAAAUUAAAAUGAACAGUUGAGCAUUUUGGGAAAUACUUUAAUUUGUUUUCUGGAAGACAGUUAGUUGAGAAGAUUGAUACCACACUUAUUUGUCUGCUAAAUAUGACGCUGCAGCCAUCUUGCUUAGUUUAGCAUAAAGACAAGGAAAGGGAAAACAGCUAGCCUGGUUAUGUCCAACUGUAACAAAAUUAAUCUACCAGCACCUCUAAAGCUAAUUUAUUAACACUUAUAUCCAUAGUCUAUGGUUAUAUCUGACUUGUUUAGUCCGUACAAAAAACAGUCUAGAAAUGAGAAGUUGUGGUUUUACAAGGGGUUAUGCGCUGGACUAUUUCUUGGCCAGAUGCAGUGAUUUUCUGGCAAAUCUUUUUAUCUAAUUCCUGACAAGUGAAUACUAUUAUAUUAUUUCCCAAUCCCAAUAUGUCAUACUAUUGCUUUAAGAGUUUUAUUUCAAAUCAUUCAAAAUAUUUCAAUAGGGUUUCAUAUCAUUCCAAAUUUUUUCUAAUUCUGUCAAAGAGGUUUCACCAGUGAAAAUCCUCUGAAAAUUCAAGAAAAGUACAUUCGUUGGUAAGUAAAAUAAAAUAAAAUACCCUUCAAGUAUUUAUAUCAUGCAGAUUAGCACUGCUCCUCUCCACUGUGCUAACCAGCAAAGGUGUUCAGUAUCAGAGUAUGUAAAUCAAUUUGGCAAGUAAAGUAAGUCAGACAGGCCAUUAAAAGUGUUACAUUUGGCCUUAAGAUUGUAAAAACAUCAAAGUCAGAAUUUUGCUAAACUUUUCCUAAUACUCACUGACCUACCAGAUAAUUAAUUCGAUUUUUGGUGUAAUUCUCUUCAUGGAAAAAAGCCACGUACAUCGUGGGAACACAUGACUUUUUUCACUUAAGUAAAAACAACAGAAUCAGAAGCUGAAAAAGUUACGGCCGGGGCUCAAUGUUUCGGAGUGGCUAUAUGAAUAAAAAAACAUUGACUGGGGCACUUUGCUAAGUGGAUUUGCGUGAUUUAGAUUUGAUGAAAUCCUGCUGUCUAUUAAAGUAAAAAGUACUUUCAGACAGGCAUUUUUGAAAAUAAAAGUAUGCUCUUUGAUGUGUCUUCAGAUGUGAAGGGCACUUCU